AUGCACAUUUUUACGAUGUCACCGAAAGUAGACGAAGAACCGAGUGGUUGCACUAUCAUUGAUGACGAUUACAUCAAAGGUGCUGUGCCUGAGAUAGGAUUCAAGGUCAACCAGACCUCCAGACUCUUCACACGAAUUGCAUUUCUAGUAUUUUUGUGUCUCGACUUCAUAUCAAUCCGAGACGAUAUGAAAAGCAGUAAAACGUAA